AUGAGACACUCAGCCACCCUCCUCGCCGUGGCUCUGGCCACCCUCCUGGCUCCGGGGGUGGGGGCACCCCUCCGUGGACAGGACCGCCAGAAUAAGCUGCUCCUUGUGUCCUUCGAUGGCUUCCGCUGGAACUACGACCAGGACGUGGAGACCCCCAACCUGGAUGCCAUGGCACGAGAUGGGGUGAAAGCUCGCUACAUGACCCCAGCGUUUGUCACCCAGACCAGCCCCUGCCACUUCACGCUGGUCACCGGCAAAUACAUCGAGAACCACGGGGUCGUCCACAACAUGUUCUAUGACUUCACCACCAAGGUGAAGCUGCCCUACCACGCCACGCUGGGCAUCCAGAGGUGGUGGGACAAUGGCAGCGUGCCCAUCUGGAUCACAGCCCAGAGGCAGGGUUUGAAAACCGGCUCCUUCUUCUACCCCGGUGGGAACGUCACCUACCAAGGGACGGCGGUGACGCUGAGCCGGAAGGAGGGCAUCCUGCACAACUACAAAGAUGAGAAGGAGUGGAGGGCCAACAUCGACACCGUGAUGCAGUGGCUCACGGAGGAGGACCUGGCUCUGGUCACUCUCUACUUCGGGGAGCCGGACUCCACGGGCCACAGGUACGGCCCCGAGUCCCCGGAGAGGAAGGAGAUGGUGAGGCAGGUGGACCGGACUGUGGGCUACCUCCGGGACAGCAUCGAGCGCAACCAGCUCGCCGGCACCCUGGACCUGAUCAUCACAUCCGACCACGGCAUGACGUCCGUGCACAAGAACGCCAGCGACCUGGUGGAGUUCCACAAGUUCCCCAACUUCACCUUCCGGGACGUCGAGUUCGAGCUCCUGGACUACGGGCCCAACGGCAUGCUGACGCCCAGGGAGGGCCGGCUGCAGCGGGUGCACGAGGUCCUCAAGGACGCCCACCCCCGGCUGCACGUCUACAGGAAGGAGGAGUUCCCCAAGGACUUCCACUACGCCGGCCACCCCAGGAUCGCCCCGCUGCUCAUGUACAGCGACCCCGGCUACGUCAUCCACGGGAGAUUGAACGUCCAGUUCAACACGGGGGAGCACGGCUUCGACAACAAGGACCUGGACAUGAAGACCAUCUUCCGGGCUGUGGGCCCCAGCUUCAAGGAGGGCCUGGAGGUGGAGCCCUUCGAGAGCGUGCACGUGUAUGAGCUCAUGUGCCAGCUGCUGGGCAUCGUGCCCGAACCCAACGACGGGAACCCCGACACCCUGAGGCCCAUGCUCCGCUCGAGCGAGGGAGGGCGACCCUCCCCAUCCCCGUCCCCGUCCCCGUCCCCGUCCAGGGACCCAGGCUGGCAUGUGCGCACAGAACAGUCCUCGGGGUCUGCUCUCCUGCCAAAGGGCCGGCCCCCCUUGAUGACGGCACUGCUGGGCACCCUGAUUCUUCUGGCCAAGGUCACAUAA